AUCGGAAAAACAGCAAAACUCAAAACCCUGCAUCCAAGUGUAUCCAAAUGCAAUGUCCUUUCAAGCCUAAUUAAUUCUCUCUGAUUCUCUCUCUCUCUCUGUUCACAUAAAGAAAGCAACAUUAAGAAGACUUGUAAAUUAAACACUCAACACAACCAGUUAGAUCACUUAUCUGCCUAAGAGCAAAGAAGCAUCUCUUUGCAGUGACCAGUAAUUUCUCAUCCAUGAGCACAGGAUCACAAAGGGGCUUGAUCCAAACUUGAAUCCUUUGUAGGAGCUGCUCCCUCAAAUUAGACCAACUUCGACUCUUGAUUGGAUUUCAACAUUCAGUGAAAUACACCAGGACAGAGUAUGGAAACUGCACCUUCUCACAGAAUCCUGCGACCCCUCCUGCUCGGUGCUUUUAUGCUGGGAUGUUCUGUGAUUCUGUUUUUUAUGUAUUUUAAACCAACUAUAAGCUGGUUACCAGAUCCUGUAGAGUCAACAGUAUUCAGAGAACCUGGCCUGAACCUCUUCCCCAACAAGAGUGAUAAAAAUGUUACCAUUGUGCUGAUCUGGAGCUGGCCUUUUGGAAAAGAGUAUGACCCGAGCAUUUGCAGCUCAGUCUUCAACAUUGAUGGCUGUUUCCUCACAGCAGACAGGAACCUCUACAGUAAGGCAGAUGGGGUCAUCAUUCACCACCGAGACAUCCGCUCUGACCUGUCCAAUCUCCCACAGCUCCAGCGACCAUCAUUCCAGAAGUGGAUAUGGAUGAAUGCAGAGUCGCCAUCACACUCAUCCCAGCUCCCUGGAUUAGACAACCUGUUCAAUCUGACUGUCAAUUAUCGUCAGGAUGCUGACAUUACAGUGCCUUAUGGGUACAUUGUACCAGCAGAGCGUGAGGAGGAUUUUAUCCCACCAGAGAAAAACAAGCUGGUCUGCUGGAUUGUGAGCAACUGGAACCAGAACCACAUGCGGGUGAAAUAUUACAAUGAGCUGAAAAAACACGUGGAGAUUCACACAUAUGGACGAGCCUUUGGGAAGCCCAUAUCUGACCAAGACUUUUUACCCACCAUUACCAGCUGCAAGUUCUAUCUCUCGUUUGAGAACUCCAUCCACAAGGACUACAUUACUGAGAAACUGUACAACCCGCUGACAGUGGGGACAGUGCCAGUGGUUCUUGGCCAAACGAGACAGAAUUAUGAGAACUUUAUCCAGGGAGACGCCUUCAUUCAUGUGGAGGACUUCACCUCACCCAAGGAGCUGGCUGAUUACCUGCUGCUCCUGGACAAGGAUGAGAAAAUGUACCUCAGGUACUUUGAGUGGCGGCGGCACUUCAAAGCAAAGAGGAGCUAUUUUGGGGCUGAGCACAUGUGUCUAUCCUGUGAUUACUUGCGUAGGCAUACGGAGUACAAGGUAUUCAAUAACCUUAACAAGUGGUACUGGGGUGGCUAGUGCUUUUUAGGGUUGUGGUUAGGUUGUGGUUUUAAGAUGUUUGUCCUUCAGUUAAUGCCAAGGUUCAUUGAUGUUCUGUUUAGAGCAGCUGAAUGGUAAUUUUCUGUUCUUUCAGUGGCUCAAUGAGACGUCUCACUUAUGGUACUUUUUUCUCUGAAUUUUAGUUGCUGUGAAAUUUUCUUAACUCUUGGCUUCAGUUAUAAUUAUUUCAUUAUUUAUGUUUCUGUUCGUCAGAUAAUAUUAACAAUGCAAGGUUUUAGUUUAAGUUAUCUUCGGUUAAUGCUGCUCCUCAGGGCACUUGAAUGCAUGACUGGCUGGUUGUGUCAACAAGGAAAUUAGUUUUUUGAGAAUAUUUAUUUAUUUAUUGUUAAUCUAUUAGCAUAACUGGUGUCUGUAGGCAACCGAAACUGCAGGACGCUCAGGCAGCACCGGGAAACCACCUGCCAAAUAACAAACGAUUGCUUAUUUAUGGUGACAGGUUGCAACCCUGGAUAUAUUAUAAGGACCUGAUCAAGAUUAGAGCCUAAAGACGUUCUAUUUGCAAAGCAGAAAGGUCAUGUAAUGUUAGCUAGCUAACAAACUGACUAAUGGUAUCCUAUUAAUUAACAGCUAGAAAAGACCAAAACACGUACCUCCAUAAUGUUCAAUGAAGAAUUUGUAGCCUUUGUCCAGUUUUGAACAUGUUGUCAGUGAAAACUUAUCUACGUGUCAUAGUAUAUCCUAAUACCGUAUUUGUGGCAAAUGUACUAGACUGCGUAAACUCCAUCCACCGGAAGUAAAGAUCCCCAGCAUCGAGGCCGAACGGAAGUUGUGUGACGUCAUGUGAAAAGGGUCUAUACCAAAUAAACAACGCAGAUGAAACGCAGUAAAGAUAAGAUUAUUUUUUGUUGUGUGGAUGAACUUAAAAUAAUUGGCUCUCAGUACUUAAAUAAUUUAUUUUCUGAAAAAACUUACAAUAUCUUGUAUCUUAAAACAAAUGUUUUUGACCUCAAUACUAUGUAUAUUUGUGUAAAGAUACUAACUUGAUUUUUUAUUGUUGAUUUCACAGAUUCAGUUAUGUUAGAUUUACUUCACCCUAGAAUCAUUUUUAUCAGUGUGUUAAUGCUCACAUUCUGAUUAGUUUAAUAUGUGCACAUCUGUGACUGAUCAGUGAUUAGCAAUUUACCAAGUUCUUCCUUACCUUUUUUUUUUUUUAAUAGCCUGUCUUGUCCGGCAGCUUAAAAGAUGUUGCCAACAUGGAAACGUUAACCUUACUUACCAGUCUGUAGCACAGCUGUCUCUGGCAGACUCCCACAUAAUUAUA